UCAGGCGGAGAAUGAGCUCCAGUAUCCUCGACCCGAACUCCCUCCGAUUCAUGGACCUCGCCGUCGCUUCUUCCCGGCUUCUCGGCUUCACUCCCCACCCGCUCAGAUUGAGACACGUGGACCCAUCAAGCUUCAGUCUUCAGCACCAUUUUUGGAGUGGUUCUUGUUCCCAGCUUUGUCGCGGGCUCAGAGCCCCAGCCGCCGCGAAAAGCGCCGAGCUCCCCGGGGAAAUGGAGCAUUCCGAAUUGACGGCGCUGUCUCCGUUGGACGGGCGUUACUGGGGUAAAGUGAAGGAGUUGGGCCCUUAUUUGAGUGAGUAUGGCCUCAUGUACUACCGUGUUCUUGUUGAGAUUAAAUGGUUGCUGAAACUUUCUCAAAUCCCUCAAGUUAUAGAGGUGCCGAGUUUUAGUGAAGAAGCUCAGUCUUACUUGCAAGGGAUCAUUGAUGGGUUUAACAUCAAGGAUGCGAGAGAGAUAAAGAAGAUUGAGAUGACUACUAACCAUGAUGUGAAAGCAGUGGAGUAUUUUCUGAAGCAGAGAAGCUGUUCAAAUCCGGAAAUAGCUAAGGUGCUUGAGUUUUAUCAUUUUGCUUGCACCUCUGAAGACAUCAACAAUAUUGCACACGCAUUAAUGUUGACAGAAUCUGUUAGCAAAGUCAUGCUUCCUGUUAUGGAUGAUUUGAUUCGAGCAAUAUGUGACAUGGCUAAAGAGUAUGCUUCCAUUCCCAUGCUUUCACGUACUCAUGGACAGACGGCCUCACCCACGACUUUGGGGAAGGAAAUGGCUGUUUUCGCUGUUAGGUUAAGCACACAGAGGCAGGAAGUUUCUCAAGUGGCAAUAAUGGGGAAGCUUGCUGGUGCUGUAGGAAAUUACAAUGCUCAUAUGGUUGCAUAUCCUAAUAUUGAUUGGCCCUUAGUUGCUGAAGAGUUUGUCACAUCUCUGGGGGUAACUUUUAAUCCAUAUAUUACGCAGAUUGAGAGUCAUGACUAUAUGGCACAACUCUUUCACGCUUUUACCAGAUUCAAUAAUAUCUUGGUCGACUUUGACUGUGAUAUAUGGCGGUACAUAUCAUUGGGCUACUUUAAGCAGACAACUAAAGCUGGUGAAAUUGGGUCGUCAACAAUGCCUCACAAAGUAAACCCCAUUGAUUUUGAGAAUAGUGAAGGUAACCUUGGAAUGGCUUCUGGAGUGUUUUCCUUUCUGAGUGAAAAGUUGUCUAAAUCACGUUUGCAGCGUGACUUAACUGAUUCCACUAUCCUGAGGAACAUGGGUGUUGGAUUAGGCCAUUCUCUUCUUGCCUACAAAGGCACGCUGCGGGGCAUAUCAAAGCUUCAGGUUAAUGAAGCUCGCUUGAGUGAAGAUUUGAAUCGCUCGUGGGAGGUGCUGGCGGAACCAAUACAAACUGUUAUGCGAAGAUAUGAUGUUCCAGAGCCAUAUGAGAAGCUGAAGGCACUUACAAGAGGGAGAACAGUUACUGCAGAAAGUAUAAAAGAGUUUAUAAGAGACUUGGAAUUACCUGAAGAACCAAAAAGCAUUCUCUCAAACCUGACACCACAUAGCUAUGUUGGGUCUGCUAUUAUAUUGGCCAAGAUGGUAGAUAUGGCCGUUGGAGCCACUAUAAAAGACACCAAUAUUCCUGCUGAAAAGAUGAAGAUGAUGUUCAAUAGUUUUCCUUGUGAACUUGAGUUUUCAAAUUUGCUGGCUUUGUCGCCAUUGGAUGGCCGGUAUUGGGGUAAAGUGAGAGACUUGGCUCCUUAUAUGAGUGAAUAUGGUUUAAUCUACUUCCGUGUUGUAGUUGAGAUCAAAUGGUUGCUAUGGCUUUCACAAAUUCCUGAAGUGAUAGAGGUAACCAGCUUUGCUGAAAGUGCUCAGUCAUUUUUGCAAGAAAUAAUCAAUGGGUUUAGCAUCAGUGACGCACUAAAGAUAAAGGACAUUGAGAAAGUGACAAACCAUGAUGUAAAAGCAGUGGAGUAUUUUUUGAAGCAGAGAUGCAAAUCACACCCAGAGAUAGCAAAGGUGCUUGAGUUUUUUCAUUUUGCAUGCACAUCCGAGGACAUCAACAAUCUCGCUCAUGCAUUGAUGCUGAAAGGAGCUAUGAACAAUGUCAUAUUUCCUACCAUUGGUAAAUUGAUUCAGGCACUAUGUACCAUGGCUAAGGAGUACUCUCAUAUCCCUAUGCUGUCUCGCACCCAUGGACAGCCUGCCUCACCUACAACCUUGGGGAAAGAAAUGGCUAUAUUUGCCGUCAGAUUGAGCAGAGAAUGGAAGGAGAUGUCUCGUGUGGAUAUAAUGGGGAAACUGGCUGGUGCUGUUGGAAAUUACAAUGCUCAUGAAGUUGCAUAUCCUGAUGUUAAUUGGCCCCAAGUUAAUAAAGAGUUUGUGAGAUCUCUUGGGUUGAGUUACAAUUCAUAUGUCACUCAGAUUGAACCUCAUGACUAUAUGGCGGAGCUUUUUCACGCAAUGUUCCGGUUUAACAACAUAUUGACCGACUUUGAUAGAGAUAUAUGGGACUACAUAUCCUUGGGUUAUUUUAAGCAGACAACCAGGGCUGGUGAGAUUGGGUCAUCAACAAUGCCUCACAAGGUCAACCCUAUUGAUUUUGAAAACAGUGAAGGCAAUCUUGGUGUGGCUAAUGGCAGUCUUCUUCAGCAGAGCAUGAAGUUGCCAGUUUCACGUUGGCAGCGGGACUUGACCGACUCAACUGUUUUGAGAAACAUGGGUUUGGGAUUAGGGCAUUCUCUUCUAGCUUACAAAAGUACACUUCAGGGGAUAUCAAAACUUCAUGUCAAUGAAGCUUGUAUUUUCGAGGACUUGGAUCAGUGUUGGGAAGUUCUUGCUGAACCUAUUCAAACAGUAAUGAGGAGAUAUGGUGUUCCUGAGCCCUACGAAAAGUUGAAGGAACUAACUAGAGGAAAAGCAGUUACCAAGGAGAGUAUAAGAGAAUUUACCAAAGGGUUGGAGUUACCUGAUGAAGGAAAGAGCAUUCUACUCAGGUUGACACCACAUAGUUAUGUUGGCGCAGCAAUAGAAUUGGCAAGGACGGUAGACGCAGCUGUCAAUUCAGAGAUUGGGAAUCUGUUGUGAACAAACAGUUUAAAUCGUUGCGCCAGACUUAUAUAUUUCGACUGCAAAUCAGGCAAAGGUAUAAAGGACUUGUUCAAAUUCUAGUUGAAAACAACCCAAUAUCACAGUUUUGUCAUUGAUUUCAUUCAUAUUGUUGAUGAAGUUGAAACCUGUAUCUCUCUAUAUGCGGAAUUGUAACAUAAUUCAUUCAUUCAUGAGUAUCAACUUUUUG